AAUAAAAUCUACGAAAUACCAACCGAUAACUGUAGAAUACAAGUAGCCGGAGGGAAGCUUGGGGGCUGCUGCAAUGGCGGCGUUAACGAAGCAUAUCCAUACUCACUUCUUCCAACCUCUUUUCGCUUCCUUCAAUUUUCAGUCGCGCAGUCUUCGGUCUCCCACACGAAUCUCGCCGACUUUAUCCUUUCGUAACUCUGAUUCUCACUUUAUUGAAGCUCUGAAACUCGUUGAUGAAUUCGACCCCGAAAUUCCCUUGGAGAAGGCCGUCACUCCACCCAGCUCCUGGUACACCGAUCCUUCAUUUUUCGAUCUCGAGCUCGAUCGUGUCUUCCACAGAGGAUGGCAGGCCGUAGGAUAUGUUGAACAGUUGAAAGAUCCCCAUGAUUUUUUCACAGGCAGGUUGGGAAAUGUAGAAUACGUUGUCUGCAAAGAUAAUAACAAGAAGGUUCGUGCAUUUCACAAUGUCUGCCGCCAUCAUGCCUCACUUCUUGCAUCUGGAUGUGGGAAGAAGUCCUGCUUUGUGUGCCCAUAUCAUGGAUGGACAUAUGGGUUGGAUGGAGGGCUGCUUAAGGCGACUAGAAUAAAUGGAAUUCAGAACUUUGAUGUAAAUGAUUUUGGGCUCGUACCGUUACCUGUAGCGACAUGGGGGCCGUUCGUUCUUCUCAAUCUGGAUGAAAAAUUAUCAUCUGAGCUGGUUGUUGAUGAAGAUAAAGUGGCAUAUGAAUGGCUGGGAAGCUGUGCAGAUUUGCUGAGUUUAAAUGGAGUUGAUGCUUCUUUAAGUUUUGUCUGUCGACGUGAAUACACCAUUGAAUGUAAUUGGAAGGUUUUCUGUGACAACUACUUAGACGGAGGGUAUCAUGUCCCGUAUGCACACAAAGGGCUUGCAUCGAAUCUCAAGCUCGAGUCGUAUUCUACAGAAAUAUUUGAAGCUGUUAGUAUUCAAAGUUGUAAGGGUGGGGGAGAAUCAAAAGGCGAUGAUUAUGGUCGUCUUGGACCAGAAGCACUCUAUGCUUUUGUAUACCCAAACUUCAUGAUAAAUAGAUAUGGACCUUGGAUGGACACUAAUCUAGUACUCCCACUCGGACCUCGAAAAUGUCUAGUGGUUUUCGAUUAUUUUCUCGAAACUCCUUUUAAGAAUGACGAAUCGUUUAUACAACAAAGUUUAGAAGACAGUGAACGUGUGCAGAUUGAAGACAUUAUUCUGUGUGAAGGUGUUCAAAAGGGUCUCGAGUCGCCUGCUUACAAGUUCGGCCGAUACGCUCCUUCGGUCGAGAAUGCGAUGCACCAUUUCCAUCGUCUUCUUCAUCUUAACCUCACAAAAUAAUUGUCCUAGUGUUACUAAUCUGAACUCAUAAGUCAGGUAUCUUUUCUCAUCUCAUCGUUUUCAUUUUAACUCGUUAACAUAUGAUUACUCGACAUCGGAUAUUCUGAUGGUAGUGUGAAUAGAAAGUUAUUCGAUUCCAAUUG